AUGCUACGGGUUACAACACUGCUAGGUCUCGCGAUAUAUAUCAGACUCGGUGUCUCUCAGCAACCAGCUUGUGGGCAAACAUGCACAACGCAAUCUUUCUCCAGCUGUAACCUCGAUGUAGCAUGCAUCUGCCAACGCCUCCUGAGCAGCGGCAUUCGGUCCGAAUUCGAAGAGUGUAUCAACAAGUCGUGUAGUCCAGAUGAUCAAGAGGCGACGAGAAGUUUUGCGGAUUCGAUAUGUGCGACUGUUAGUGUUACGUUAUCACUCGAAGACGUAGCUGUUACCGCGAGCGGGAGCUUUCAAUCAACUGAUCUCUCAACGAGUACUCGAACGACAUCUUCGACGCAGGUGACACCGGCAGAGUCACCCACUAUCUCUGCGCCAUCAGAUAUCUUGCCAAUAUCUUCAAGCUCACCCUCUUUGCCCUCAACCACGUCAACUUCGGAGAACAGCCUUACGACCACAGCGAAAGUCGGCAUAGGUAUCGGCGUCGGCUUGGGUGUACCCCUUGUUAUCGCACUCCUUGUUCUUGCAUUCUACCUGGGACGGAUAAAACAGAUGGUGCGGGACAAGUCUGUCCAGAAAGCUGCGUACAGUGGAGAGGAAAAUGGCAUGUCGAGAUGGAACAAUUAUCAUUGGAGUGGAUCCGGGAUAUCUGAGCUGGACGGCUCGGGGACGAGAAGGCAGAUUGCGGAGCUGGGGGUUGGAAGAGGGUGGAGUCGGAGAGGAAAGGAUGUUGUAAGAGGUGGGACCACUUGAUAUGCGUUUAUCAAACGAGCUUGUGUUCGUAAUUGCGGGUUGUAAAGUCGACAUCAAACUAAAGGCAGAAGGGAAAAACUCGAACUUGGAGAUGUUCAUAUGAGGCGUGGCGGUCGAGCCUGGCAUAUGAUGCUCAGGAUUGUAGGCAUU